AUGGAAGAGCUUUUGACACGUCUUCAAAGCAAAACAGCAGAUUCCACUAAACUAAAAAAUGACGAUUUUUCAAAGCAAUUUGUCACUGAUUUGGUUUCUCAGUACACCGAAGGAAAUCAAAAUGAAUUUUUACAGAUUUUGAAUCAGUUUUUGAACUCAUUAGAUUCGUCUGAAUUUACUGAGAAAUUGGACUUAUUUACUGAAGGAGCUGGGACAAAAGUUUUGGACAUUUUGUUGUCCCUUUGCCAAGCCAAAUUUGACUUAACACAAAUAUCACAAUUAAUCACGUGUUUAGCAUAUGUCACCAAUAAAAAUAUCGCAGUGAAGAGAUAUUUAUAUGACAACGACAUCAUUUCAGGCAUUCAAGCGCUGUUACUUAACAAACACAUCUUAACUGUCUUUUCUCAACUCUUCGACAAAUUUGAUGUCGAAGGCAAAGCGACAUCGACACAGACGAAUGUCCAAUUCGUCACGGCGUUGUUGUCUUCACUUUUAACACUGACGACCAAUUGUCCUGAAAUUCAAAAGGAUUUAUCGGAAAAGGGGAUCGUCGAGUUGCUCUGUAAGUUAUAUGAAAAUUCAGUCGACUCUCCUAAAGAACUUUUGAUAGUUUUUGCAACACUUGCUGCUGUUAUAGAGAGUUAUAUUGUCAAAUCAAUGGACCUAUUGCCCAACAAAAUAGUCACGAUCUGCAAAACUUUAAUCUUCUCCGCAAAGACUAAGGGAAUUCGAGUCAGUGCUUUACGACUUUUAGUUUCCAUCGCUGAAUUGAAACUCGACAGAUUCAGAGACUUCUUCAGACAAUUGCUCAGCGAUUUGAUGAGAGACACCCCCCUCGAUUAUGUCAUCCAUCAGAGCAGUUUACUCUUAUUUAAGACCAUCGCUUCCGAUAAGAAGAUAGAGGCCUUUGUUAUAAUCCCAUAUAUCACCCAAUUGAUAGAAAUUAUGGAAAAAGAAGAGAAUAACGUUUCUCUCAUGGCAAUCGAAUGUUUGAACCAAAUUGCUCUUCGUGAUGAAUCGUUAAGUAUCAUUUCAUCAAAAGUGUCGGAAGUCGUUACAAAGGCAAAAGAGUCGGAAGGAAACAUGUACUCGACUCUAAUGAUCUUACUUGCAAAUAUGGGAAGAACCGACGAGACUAUUGCUGCUUAUCGAAAGUUGGGGGUGGCGGAUAUCAUCGUGAAUUAUAUGAAUGGGCACCAAACGGAAGAACAAAGUCUGUUAAUGUCUCUUUCAGUGUUAUCGGCAAUUUCGGUGCUUAAAGACAACAGAGACUAUUUGGUCAAUGAUGUGAAGAUAUUCGAAGUCUUAGAAAAGUGGUAUCACUACACUAAGAAUCAAGUCAUCAUCUUUAACAACCAACAAAUAAUUUCAAGACUCAUUCUUAAUAGUCCGGAACGAGCAGAAGUCUUUAUGAAAGUCGAUAACGCGUUAAACAAUGUUGUCGAGACUGCGACAUACACGGUCAGAUUGGUCAAGGAAAAGAGGACGCCAGAAACAGCAACACGUGAGAUCAGAGAUGUCCGCGUGUCUUACGAAGCAACAAGAAUCGUUUGCAAUUUGAUUCAAUUCAAACCCGAAAAUGCAGUAGAGAUAUUGAAGGAUGAAUAUAUCUUAUUUUCAAUUGCUGAAUUGGUUAACUCGCGUUAUGACAUAUUGAGAACAGAAGGUGGCAAAGCUUUGGAGACAAUUAAACAGCUCAAACUUUGUUCGGAACAACAGGUAGAUGACGCUUUAAGUCGGAAAUUUUAA